AUGAUUUCAGAAGCAUGCGAAGUAGGACUCUGGAAAAAGACAACAGAUUGGACUGGAAUGAAUGUAUUUCAUGUUGCAUGCGAAAAAGGAAAUCUCAGACUUGUCAAAUCUAUCGUCGAAUAUAAUUGUGACAUAGAAACAAAGGAUAAUCGUGAUUACACUCCACUCAUUUGUGCUUCGCAAAAUGGAUAUUAUUCGGUUGUGAAAUAUCUUAUUUCACGAGGAGCCAAUAAAGAAGCAAAGAAUAAAAAUGGAUGGACUUCACUCAUCUGUGCAUCAUAUUAUGGACAUCUUGAGGUUGUUAAGUACCUCGUCUCUGUUGGAGCUCAUAUAGAAGCAAAGAAUAAUAAUGGCUAUACUCCACUCAUCUGUGCAUCUUUAAAUGGUAAACUUGAUAUUGUAAAAUAUCUUAUCUCUGUUGGAGCUGAUAAAAAUGCAAAGUCAAGUGAUGGAAAAACAGCUCUCUCACUUGCAGAAAAUAAUGUAAGAAGUUACUUAAUAUCAAUUGAUGCUAAGUAA